AUCGUCCUUUAUUACUGCUCUCCAUAGCUGUUUGGGUUGGGAGGGUCCCACUAAUCCCUCCUCUUCUUCACUUUCUCUCUUUCUAUUUAUGUUCCCCUUCAUUUUCCUUCAAGAGAAAACUCUCUCCCUGUCAUCACCGGCCACCGCCGCCCACUGAGAGAGAAAUGAGAGAUGAUGACAUGGUGGGUUUAAGCAUAAUUUUGGAGACCCAAAAGGGUUUUAUUAACCACAACAACAAGAAAACUCCACAAGUCAUCAACAAAGCCACCAUGAUCAACAAAAACAAACAGUCUUCUUCUUCUUCAACUUCAACUUCAAAGAGAGUCUCUCAGUCCUCACCCUUCCCUGUACCUACGUUUCUUGAGCAUUGUUUUCUUUGCAGACAGAAGCUCUUGCAGGGAAAAGACAUCUACAUGUACAAAGGUGACAGGGCUUUUUGUAGCGUGGAGUGCCGGUGCAGGCAGAUAUUUAUCGACGAGGAAGAGAGUCCAAGUAAAGACAACUGUUCAUUGGCGGCCAUGAAACCGUCUUCUGCAUCUGCAGCUUCUUCGUCUUCACCUUCUGGUUCUCGUAGCCGCAACAAAGGGCCCAGAAACCGAACUGGUGGUUUUGCAUACUGAGAGAGAGAAGCGCAGGCAUUUUGUUGGGCCUCUUUUUGAAUUUUAUUCCAGUUUUACCCCUGUUUCUUUUUGUAAGGACUUCCAAUGUCCGUUGGAAUGAAGCCAUAGAGGCAUAUUCUAUCC